UGGAGGGCUCGUAUAGCUUGAAUAUUAUCUCGCCGGUGAGCUAAUCAGUGCCGUUCAUGCCCUCGAAUGUGAGGAAGGUUUGCAUUAUACUUCUGCAAGACACCUGAGUAGAAUUACGCAGAAUCCUCUUUCCUCUCCAAUGCCUCUCAAUCAGCUUCUUGGUCGCAAUAUAUUCGACUAGUCUAUUAGUUUCAAGGGUUUUAAUUUUCAUAAUUUCAUCGCCUUCUGUUGAGGAGAAGACGAGAGCCGCAACUUUCACCAUGACAUCGGUAAUGCCCGCUUGGAAACAGGAACUUAUCGAAAAAAAACGGAGGAGAGAAAGAGAACAACAUAACAAAAUUGAAGAAAGUCAACAACGGCUCGCCUCUGUUCCAGAAUGGAAGCGAAAUAUUCUCGAGAAAAAGAAGAGAGAAGCUCACAAUUCAAAUGAUGAUUCGAAAAAUUCCACUAGCGGCACCGGGGUGUUUGGAGCAAAAGCUACGAGAAAGGACUCUCAGAUUUACUCGCAACCUUCGGGGAGUAAUAGAGAGGAAAGAUUCGAAAGGAAUGCUGUAACAGAAUCGGUCAAACCAAUCGUUAAUAAGCGCAGUAAUGAUUUGCGGGUAAAUCAUUCCGGUGUCGUCAGUAGUGAACCUAGACACUCCGUACAACAACAAUCCCAGGGCAAACAAGGGAUUGUAUUGUCAAAUGAUAAUGUCAUGAAAAAUACCAAUAACUCUAUGCAAUCGCAUGAGAACUCCGAUUUGGAAGUGAAGGUAGCAUAUGAGCAUGUGAGGCCGCCAUCGGAAUUGAGAAAAUUAUUCGGUGAGUCCACGCUAGGAGCCAAGAAAUUGAGCUCUGAGACUACAUCUAUUUCCGCUUUGAAGCCUGAUGCUGGCAUUACAAAAACUGGGAUAGUUCCGCCAGGACACGAUACUGUUCUUAAUGGCAGCGAAAUUGAGCUGAGUGAGUUUAAUAAAACGGCUGUCAUUAACCACACAACCCCUAGGGCAUUUCAAUUCACAGAUGUCUCUCAGACGCUAUCGGCGAUAAAACAUACGGAAGAAGCAGCUAAAAGCAAUGAAAACACGUUUAAGAUUCAAAACAACAGUCAGUCUACGGAUGUUUCUAAACUAGGGAAAAUUAGUUUGAAGAAGGAGGAAUUUGAGAGCGUAGGCCACCAAAAGGCAAGGAGCCAAUCUAUUGACAGUGAGCUGAGCGUGAGCAAAGAAGACGAAGAGUCAAAAUUAUUACCCCACGUCGAUGACAUCAGAUGUAAAUUUGGUCCGGUUGGGAGAUUCCACAGAACCAGCUCGUCAGUGGAAAAUCUCUCUGUCUGUUCCUCAGAUGGUACAGUGUCUCCAGUCUUUAUGAGGCCACAGUCUAAAAAGCGUCCAGGUCUGAAGAAACGCUGGACGGCGGAUAUUUCAUCAUUGAUGUCGCCAUCUAUGAGUAUUGAUGAUCAUGAGGAUGAUCAGUUACCUGUUGUGGGAUCCAAACAUGAAGAUCGUGGUAUGACAAGACAGCGCUCAAUCUCAAUGCAUGAUUUAGGGCAUGAGACCAUUCAGAAAAUCCAUUUCCGUCACCGAGCAAGCAUCUCCCAUGGUAUUGAACGAAGGGUACACGAGCUGUUGCGUCAAGUGUCCCAUUCUGAUAGCCACACCGAGGACGAUCUGGACAGUUUUAGUAUAGAAAGUGAGCAUCAUUACGUGACAACCAUCUUACCACCACCAGCAUUCCAGACAGAUGAACCAGAGAGGUUACAAACCUCUUCCUGGACAGAGACCGCUAGUGGUACUGGUCGAGAAGAAUUUAAGAGAACGUUACCCACUGCUGCAUUGCCCACAGCUAUGGGUAGGAAAAGAGAGGUCGAAACCCCACCAAACUACAAAAAAGUUAUUUUAAUUGAGAAAACAGAGGAAAAUUUGCCUGAUAACAUUGAAAUUACAAGUUUCAAGGAACCAGCCCGAAAAUGUGAGCCUCAGGCUGAAAAAAUAUACGAGCCACAAUCCAAGAAGAUAUACCAGGCGCCAGAGAAAAAAACACAGCAUCUACUAGAGAAACAAAUCCAGCAUUCAGUAGAGAAAGCUACCCAGCAUGCACAAGAGAAAAAGUAUCAGCCAGAACUUGAAAUGAAAACCAUCAAAAGUCAUCAUGUCCCAGGCCAAGACAAGACCGAAGCGAGGGGAGAAGAGAGGAUAGCUGUCUGGUCCACUCAAAAUGGUGAUUAUUAUGAUCAGCGUGAUGAGGAUGAUGAUAUCAAGCUUUCAAAAGGCUCUGUCUCAAAGUUGUCUGCAUUGUUUGGCUCAAGCAUAAAAGGAGGGAAAAAGGAGAAGAACAAGGAAGCAAAAGCAGAGUAUAAGCGGAGAAAAGAAGAGGAGAAACAGGAGGCAAAAUUGAAAAAAGGGGAAGAAAAACAAGAGGCAAAGCUUAGAAAGGAGGAAGAGAAAAAGAAUAAAGAUAGCAAAAGUAAUGGCAACAAAAUGUUCCCAUGGAAUAAGAGUAAUAAAAAGGUGGAUGAACAAAAGUCCAAGUUAGCAGAGACUUCUGAAUAUCCUUUUAAAAAUAUGACAAAGCUUAGGCAUGUGCAAAGUCGGCCAAUCGAACAAAAAAUAUCUGGGCAGAUGACACUAGUGCUGGACUCUGAUGCAGACUCUUUGAAAACUAUUCAGCCAAAGACUCACUACUUUGAUAAUUCCUUCCUAAAUAAGAACAAGAGUGUAAGUGGAGACCAAGGUAGGAUGAAUGGGCACCAGGAGAACGCUGUCUGUGGGACAUACAAGGCUAAGCAAGACAUUGCGCCAUCAGUCCCAGUAACCCCUAUUGAUCUUCCAUUACCAAGGAACAACGACAAAUUUGUAACAACAAUCGAUAUUUCUGAUUCAGAGUGCUCAAAUGACCUAGAGGUAUCUGCUAUUGAUGUCCCUGAAUCGCCUAAACUACCAGCACCUGUUUCUGUAAUUGAUUUACCACCUGCUGAUGAUGUGGCAGUCUCAGUAAUUGAUGUCCCAGAGGAGUUUCAAGAUAAUGAAAGUGAUGAGGUUGACUCUGAUGAUAGCGAUAGUGGGGUGGUGUCUGGCAGCUAUGACAUCACUAUCGGCACACACCCACUCAUACUAUCCUUCGGGGAGCGCGAGAAGGAGAGAGAAUCCAAGAGCUGCCCAGACAUCCAAGAGGAGGAGGAGGAGGAAGAGGAUAUUGAUGAUUGUCCAGUCCACUACUUCGGUGAUUCGUCCUAUCAGAUUGUACCAAAGGUUGUGUUUGAGCAUCCGCCUGAGAAGGUGAAGCCAUGCAUCUCUCAGCAAGUGAAACAAAAAAAGGACAAGGCAAAGGUGUGUUUUCCUAGUGGUCCUCUCCACCAAGUUCAUGACUACCCUUCAGAAGAGACUCUUCAAAGCCACUACGACCAAUUCCUGAGAGAGAGUGGCAAGUCCAUCAACAACUACAAGCCAAAAACCAUAGAGAGCUACGAGGAGACACUCAAGCUUCUACAGCAGAAGAGGAUGGAGGCAAAAACAGCAAAGCAAGGUGAACCAGAUAGUGGAGAAGUGAAAAGCCAAGAGCAAAAGACUAAUAUCACAUAUGCCGACGAUGCAGAUGGAUUUAUCUCAUCGUCCAGUUCUUCUGGAGCUCUUCUGUUUUAGGGUAAUUGUGGUUCAAAUAAUGUUUAGGAAGUGACUAAUAUAACAUAUCAUUAGGGAACUGUGGUACAAAAAAUGCUGAGGAAGUAUAUAACAUAUACAAGCAAGGCUAAUGGGUCACUUCAUUCAGUUAGCCAGAAGCAAUCCAUCCUGCUUCGGGUUCCUUGUGGUGGCCCUUAUUUGGUAUACUAGGAAACUCAUAUUUCCCAGUCUGCAAAUGGUGUAGUGGAAGUGACUGAUAAUUAUGAUUUAUGCCUAGAACAGAGAUAGGGGUCAUCUCUUCUAACCGUGUUGAGCGCUUCUGUUAAAAGUUAAUUGUUGUGGCGUAGCAGUUGUUUUACCUUGCCUGCCUUUAACUUAGCAUUCUUCAUCAUACGUUUUUUUCUUUUGAGGUGCUAGAGCCUCUGGGACCAAGUGCAAUCAUAUAUUUGCCAGUCUGCAAAUAGACCGGGGAAAUUACUAAUGUAUCAUUUGCAGAAGUGCAGAUGGGAUGAUUUCAGUCUAUGAGCAGCACCUAUAGGGUAAUACUUAGAUGAGUCACUCUAGGUAACUUAGAGUACUAACUAAGGAAUAACAUCUUUGCCAGAUUGCAAUUACUGUACACUCAUUAAUAAGAAAUCAGUCACAUAUAUUUGGCACGUAUAUAUAUUUUAUCUGCUAGCAUAUUCUCUUCAUGACACCAGCCAAUUAUGCGGAAAUAAGGCCUUAAACACGAUAACAAGAGAUAUUUUUGGUAGGCUUGAGUGAUUUGCAUUUUUCAUAUAUUGUACAUGCAUAUUUGCUUAUCAAAAGAAAUUGAAUUUUCAUUCUGAGCAUUUUCUUUGACAAAAAGAAAUGCCGUUCUUUCCAUGUACCUUUCCAAAUGCAAAUGCAUGCAGAUGACCCAAAUCAAUUGUUUCAAGUUCAUUUUCAUGCAUUAGUAUUUGUAACAGCACAUGGAAAUAUGGCCUUAGUAUUAUGGUAGCCACGCCCUAGUUUACUGUAAAUGACGUAGGGUAAAGAAUUUGCUAUGAAAGUGAAAUUAGCUUUGACUCGUAGUUAUACAGGUAUCACAGGUAUCUAUCUAUUUGUAUAAGAUAUCAAUGGAUUGCAUUUUAUAUUUUGGGUAUGUCAUAUUUCCCUUAGUAGCUCGUCAAAAUAUAGUUGAUAGAUCUAUUAAUAAUAAAUAAUGAUAUAAAUAAUGAUUUAUCAGAACUUGCAUGUAAUAUUCCUCAUUAUUUAUCUGCUAAGUGCAAGAUAUUUGUGCCCGUGCAGAAAGGUGUAUCACAUCAUUUCUAGGGUUUUGUAAAUACAAUAACAUGCUUUUUCA